GGCAGCUCGUGGUCCCGUGAGCGGCGCUCGCGAGUCGUGACUCGCGCUCGGUCAGUCGCUAGAGAGCGCCCAGCACGUGUGGUACGCGUUCCCGCGCUCCGAUAUUCAGCGUGCCCGAGCUAACCAAAUUAGUCAGCCAAGUCGCUCGAAUAAUCGCGUACUUAAGAGCACCAGCAACAUUGGCAGCACGAUCAUCAGUCCGCCAGUUGUGUGCGUGCGCGAGUGUUAGUGUCGAGAGCGAGUUACGUCACGUGCGUGCGCCCAAAGGCGGGAAUCGCUGAAAACGUGCUCUGGCCUGUUUGUCGAUUCUAUCGAGGCCGCAGCGCAGAACCAAGGAGAACUGCCGCCCCACCAGCGCCUCUCGACGGUUUUCGCGACUGCUCCGCGUACCGUGUGCACAUCGGAGCACGGUGUGGCGCUCCGAGAGCGGGAUUUUUGUCGCGGGCCAGCUUUGCGACCCGCAAACUUGAUUGAGAGUCCAGCCGGGGUCCAGCUCGGCCAGCAGGACCGAGUGCCGAGGCGCGAGCUUCGCGCAUCUGUGAGUGCGAUCGCGUGCCAAAGUGCAAGCGACAAGAACUGCAGUGGCGACGAGCGAGUGGGCUUGGAGUAGGCAGCAGCAGUGCAACUCUUGGCCCGGGCGAUUGUCAAGCCCCGGGCUUUUGCGCCGCUACUGGUUGUGCGCGCUAGUGUGCGUGCGUGUCAGUGUGCGUGCUCUCGCGGUCUCCAUCGUUGCCACGUUUAUUGAAGUGAGAGUCAGAGAGCGGCGGCGCCGCCGCAGCGCGCAAGUGGAUCGGACGAAAGAGCGAGAAAGCCGAGCCAGAGAUAAUAGCCAUCGAACGUCGACGAGUGUGUGCGUGCGAGCUGGUGACUAGCUUUCCAGGAAUCGCUCCGAGGCACGGACUUCCCGCGCAAAACUACCGGCGCAGCGAUCACGUGCGUGGCCCGCCGAAGCCGCGAUCGUGCUCCACGCAGCGAGAGCGGCGAAACAAAAGAGCGAGAGAGAGAGAGAUAAGCAGGAGAGCAGCGGGUCGCGGGCGAUCUCAAUGAGUUGAGCCGCGCCGAGGGGAAGAGCCCGCGAAGACGGAAGAUCGAGAGCGCGAGGCGCUCGGCCGCACAGAGAGCGAUAAUAUGAGCGCCCGAGUGAUGAACCCUGCGCUGAUGACCGAGAUGAGCAGCAAGCUGAGCGUGGUGGUGGCCAGCAGCCAGGCGAGCGGCAGCGCCGGCCAGCCGAGCGUGGGCCGCGUGGCGCCGAGCAGGGCCGCCCUGGCGCGGGUGCGCCGCGACCUGUUCGGCCCGGUGGACCACGCGGCCGCCCGGGCCUACGCGGAGCACGAGCUGCGCACCCAGUCGCUGCUCGACUCGGAGCGCUGGGGCUUCGACUUCCGACUGGAGCUGCCCAAGAGCGAGGCCAACUCGCGCUUCGUCUGGCAGCCGGUGACCACCGAGGACCUGGUGCCCGAGCCGUACGCCCUGCGGGGCAUGCCCUACCUGCGCCGGCAGUCGCCCGCCGCGCCGUCCAAGUCGGCGCACCGGUCGCCGCGCCCGGCGCGCUCCUGCGAGUCGUCGCCCGUCGCCGUGGCGAACAGCGCCCUGAUGCUGCUGGAGAGCGGCGAGUCGCCGUCGCCGACGGGCGGCCAGCUCAAGAUGCAGCUGGCCGAGAGGACGCCGCCACAGGAGUCGCGCGUGCCGCUUGGCGGCGAGAAGACGCCAGACGUGGUGCCGGCCAUCGCCGAGCUGACCGUCAGAUCCACGCCCGCCCAGGCGCAGCCCACCACGCCCGCGCUGUCGACGAGGAAGCAGGCUGCCAUCACCGACUUCAUGAAGAGCCGCAAGCGAACGCUCAAUGCCACGGCCAAGAGCAUGCUCGAGCCAGCGGAGAAGCUGCCGCGCAACGCCGGCCAGAUCCACAGCUAAGCGAGCUCCGGCCAGUUCGAGGACGUCGAGCAGCAGCGGACCAGGAGGGGCAAGCCGACGCAGGGUCGACGCAGGAUCGACGCAGGAUCGACGCAGGAUCGACGCAGGAUCGACUCAGGAUCGACGGGCCGGCGGCGGACCUCCGCGCCUCUCUUCUGGCUGUGAUUGAUAUUUGGCGGAUCACCUAGAUUUGGCCGGCCUCUCGCGCCGCUUUCUUCCUCGCUCUCUGGGCGAGAGCCAGUGCAGCCCUCGUUAACUAACCGAUUCUCCUUCGUUGUGCGCUUGACGUAGCCACUAAGCGGACCAUGUUUCGGUGUAUUUGCGUCCUUCGCCGAGCGGUCGCCGGCUCGUCAGACAGACAACCGUUGUUAAUUGCGUUUUACCACGACUCUGCGUCCUCGCGAGCUCUCGUUCGUCUCUCGAGUUGUUACUCGUAGCUCGUGGACAACUCGGAAGGUCGUUUCUUCUCCCUCUGCCUUUUCCUUCUUUUUUACUGCUAUCCUGUGCGGCAGCUUUCUAUUUUUACCGGGAGGACUCGCGUCUCGGUGUCGCCUCGCCACGCACGCUGCCUCGAGGCAACAUCCAGAUUUCCCAGUCUCUCUACGAGUACCAAAACGGUCUUCACGAUCAAAUCCUCAAGAUCCUUUUUCUACUCGACCCGAUAGAAACCUGCCUGCCUCAUUUUAAUCCUGUACAUUAUGUAAAAUAAAUAAAUAUAUAUAUAUACAUAUAUUUAUAUAUAUAAAUCCUUUUUUAUUGUUUAGGAGGCUCGUAGAUGUUUCGUUACUUGUAUAGUUUAGAGAGGAAGGUAAAUCAAAAGUCCGAACGCCAAAGAAUCUUUCAAAUUUUCUCAACGCGCACAAACACAUUUUAAUCGUUUCUUUGCAAUGCAUCCCACUCAAUUCGUCGCGCCCGGCUUUGAGAAAGUUUCAUCGAUAGCCGUUCCAACUUAUUGCACUUUACCUUCUGUAAAUUAUUGACUUUCGAAAAUGUUCAAUAUACUUAACGAUGUGAAAUUUAUUUUUGAAAAAAUGAUCUUCGCUUUUCAUCUUGUAGAAUAAGACAACCAAGAAGAAAAAAGAGUGCGAAUUAGUAAAUAGUAAGAUCAAAGUAGAGAGAGGAACUUUUAUUAAAAUCAUUCUUACACUUAUAGUUUUUCUUUAUUACAAUUGCACAUCGCUUUGUCAAAUUGAUACGUCUUUGACGAUGUAGUCAAGUUCUUUUUCUAAUAAACAAUCUGAUUGAAAACUCUGCACCGAUAUUAACUUUUCAAAUUUAGUUAUGUAAGUACUUGAGCCAUUUUUCAGUAACAAUCAAAAGUUUCUGCAGUACAGGUUUACAUCGUUUUUUUUGUUUUUGCUUUUUUUUUUAUUUGACACACUACCAAUCUAAUUUCAUCUGACUGAGUUUGCAUGUACAAGGUAAAAUAAAUAGACUGUUAUCUCACUUUUAAUUAAUAACUAGGACAUGUUUGAUUGAGUCAUUAUUAUCAAGUUUAUUGGAAAUUAUAAUUUUGUACUUUUUUAACUGGAAUAAAAGUUGUCUCCUAAUCGAUUGUCAAAUCUUGCUUUUAAAAUUGAUGUCAAAAAGAAGUUUUGGAGGUACAAAAAAAAUCGCAACAACUUUGUAUGGCGAGUUCUGAUGUUCGCGCUGAAAAAGUGUGAAUUUCAAAAAACUUGGUUAUUCCGUAAGAAUUAAGUUCUUUUGAGAUUACAUUUAAAAAAAUACCACUGGUGGUUACUUUACAUAAUAAUUCAAGACUUUGAAUAGAAAAUUGUCGUCAGCGUUUCUUGCGAGCAAAUAAAUCAGUUUAUUUUAAUUGUUGAAAGUAUUUUCGAUGGUAAUCGUUUUGCGUGCAUCGAAUUCUUCACGAAUACAAUUGAUAAAGCUUAUAUGCGCAAUUAGCAAAAGUGUAUGCAGCCAUUUUUCUUUCACGUAAUUAAGUUGUUUGUAAAUCAACCAUUGACGGGAAUAGUUGCAUUCACUGCCUGAGAAGUUUAGAAGGGCACAGGUAAAAGAAAGAAAGAAAGUGGGAAAAAAAUAGAUAAAAUAAGAAAAGUAAAUUGAUGUAACCCUGUGAUGUAUUAGUAUGAUCUCAGCAACUUAGUGCGUAAUUUUAAAGAUGUAAUUAGAGGAUAACGUAAAUGACUUAUAGAAAUAUGAAUUCUAUUGUAAGAAAGAAGAAACAAUCGAUGACAAUAAAUUGAACGUGUGAGUGCGCGAGUGAAUAAAAGUAGAGGUGAGAAUGGAUGAAAGGUAAGAAAUAUAAGGGGCGAUACGCAAGACCCAGUGAAUCAUGCGUAAAGAAACAAAGAAGUUUACGAAAAUGUCAAACAAUUAUUACAUUCUUGUACAUGUAUAAGCGAUUAAGCGAUUAUAGUGAAUUUUAAGAGAGUUUAAUAAAACUAACAUAUGUAAGAAAAUAAUAUGCUAUUGUUUAUAAUGA